AUGCUUAUGAAGCUGUUUCACUGUAUCAUUAUCUCUAAAAGAUUGUUUCUCAAGAGGAGCCGCCAUUCAGCGGUUGCCGGUCGAUCUUCGACGAAAUCUACACUCUACAGUUCACUCUCACUUCUCCUUCAGAAGAAGGGAAUUGGGAGUUAGAUGAUUGCUUUCAGAUAUCUAUUCUUCAGAGUUGAUCGUGUUUGGAAAGCCGCAAAUGCAUACGUUCUUUCUGAGCCCGUAGGAAACAUUCAGGGGUAUUCUGCCUAUCAUGGUGUGAGUCAUGCUUGGAGAAUGGGUAGGAAAAAGGGUGGUCCAAAUUCUAUAGACAGUCGCAAGAAGCAGAAAGCAUUUUCCUCUGUAUGGAGGCCUGUUUGUACCCAGUCUUCUGCACGUGAAGAUGUUCCAAAAUCAGAAGAAGGCAAAUCAUUGAGUGAGUUGACUGGUCCAUCAAAUUCUAGAGAGUUGCAAUAUAACCUCCAAAAAGAAGUUUUAGAAGAAAAUAUUUCAACUUUUUCUGCAAAUGUGAGAGGGGAGAUCUUGCCUCAGGAUCAGUUUAAUAGUAGUGAGACCAAGCCCGGUGAGAUGAUUCACGAAGUUCAAAUUAAAGAAGACAGUGCUUUUGGGUCAGAGGCAGAAGAAAAUGUCCACUUGGCCAGUAAGACAGAAAGGCAUUCAAUUUCAGUUGAGGUAGCUGCUUCCCUGAUUCGUUUCAUCGAAGGAAAAGGAGGAUCUACACAGAAACAAAUUGAGGAAGAAAUGGGAGUAAAAAUUGUAUUUCCCUCAUCUAAGAAGGAGAACUCCAUUACCAUUGAAGGCGUUUCUGUGGAAAGUGUAACUAAAGCCUCAGAAAAAGUACAAGUUAUACUGGAUGAGGCAGUUAAAAGCCCAAAUCUGGAUUAUUCUCACUUUGUAUCACUUCCAUUGGCUAUCCACCCUGGACUGGUGGAUAAGCUUAUAAAUUUUCAGAACUCCAUACUAGGAAAUACGGAUUCUAGCCUAGAGAAUCUUGAUAGUGAUUCAAGUGGAAAUACGGAUGGGGAAGAUAAGGACCAGCUGAAAGAUGAAGAAAAUAAUGUUGCAGUUACUCUUAAAGUUGAAGAUGAUAAUGAACAUGUUAAGGUGGAGAUAAAUAAAAUAGCUUUCAAGAGCUAUCCACCCAAAGCAUCAAAAUCUUCUAACCUAUCUGAUUUGGGAAUUGAGAGAUCUAUAUUUAUUAAACCAAAAACGUUUCACUUAACUGUACUCAUGCUGAAGUUGUGGAAUGAGGAACGUGUUGCUGCAGCUACUGAGGUUUUGCAGAGAAUCUCAUCUAGAGUAAUGGAUGCUUUAGAUGGAAGGCCUGUUUCUGUUAGGCUUAAAGGACUGGAGUGCAUGAGAGGUUCACUUGCAAAGGCCCAUGUUCUUUAUACUCCAGUAGAAGAAAUUGAUGGCGAGAACCGCCUUUUACGUGCUUGUCAAGUUAUUUUUGAUGCAUAUGGUGAAGCUGGUCUUGUUCUUGAGAAGGAUGCUCGGCAAAAGCUGAAGUUACAUGCGACUGUUAUGAAUGCAAGACACAGAAAAAGGAGAAAGAGAAGAAGAAAGAGUGAUUCAUUUGAUGCACGGGACAUUGUCAAACAAUUUGGUUCUGAGGAAUGGGGGGAAUAUUUGAUCCGUGAGGCUCAUCUGUCACAGAGGUUUGUAUAUGAUGAUGAUGGGUACUAUCACUGUUGUGCUAAAAUUCAUUUUCCUGAAUUUAUGCAAGUUGAAUCUUGAAUGAUUCUCUCACCAUGGAUUCAUUUGUUCUUACAAAAACUGAACAGUACAAGUGUUAAUUGAUAAUGUUCCAUCAUGCUUGUUGCAUCUUAAAUUGUAUGAUCACCAUAUCUUGCAGACCGAAUGUUGGGUCUUAAGAUGAUAAGCUCAGGAGGAAAUGGGUUCAGAAUAACUUUGAGUUUUAGCUUAA